AUGGACAGUGUUCGUGCCGGACCUUUCGGCCAGCUGUUCCGUCCAGACAACUUUGUCUUCGGCCAAACUGGAGCAGGAAACAACUGGGCUAAAGGUCACUACACUGAGGGAGCUGAGUUGAUCGACUCCGUGCUUGAUGUCGUUCGCAAGGAGGCCGAAGGUUGUGAUUGCCUUCAGGGAUUUCAGCUUUGCCAUUCCCUUGGUGGAGGCACUGGUGCAGGCAUGGGAACACUCUUGAUUUCCAAGGUGCGAGAAGAGUACCCAGACCGUAUCAUGGAAACAUUCUCCGUGAUUCCUUCACCAAAGGUGUCGGACACGGUGGUGGAGCCAUACAACGCGGUCUUGAGCUUUCAUCAGUUGGUGGAGAACUCGGAUGAGUCCUUCCUGCUUGACAACGAAGCAUUGUACGAUAUUUGCCGCAUGUCCACCAAGGAGGUUGACGAGCAAAUGUUGAACGUUCAGAACAAGAACUCUUCCUACUUUGUUGAGUGGAUCCCCAACAACAUCAAGGCAUCCGUGUGCGACAUCCCACCGAAGGGUCUCAAGAUGGCAGUUGCAUUUGCGGGCAACUCCACUGCGAUUCAGGAGAUGUUCAAGAGGGUGGCAGAGUACUUCACUGCCAUGUUCCGCCGAAAGGCUUUCUUGCACUGGUACACUGGUGAGGGUAUGGACGAGAUGGAGUUCACUGAGGCCGAGUCCAACAUGAACGAUUUGGUCUCUGAGUACCAGCAGUACCAGGAUGCCACUGCUGAAGAAGAGGGUGAGUUCGAUGAGGUGCUUGCCCCUUGUGAGUCAAAGGAUACUGAGGGAGGACAGUGCGGCAACCAGAUCGGUGCAAAGUUCUGGGAGGUCAUUGCAGAUGAACACGGCAUUGACCCAACCGGAACAUACCAUGGUGACUCCGACUUGCAGCUUGAACGCAUCAAUGUAUAUUUCAACGAAGCAACUGGUGGGCGCUAUGUGCCUCGUGCCGUCUUGAUGGAUCUUGAGCCAGGAACUAUGGACAGUGUUCGCGCCGGACCUUUCGGCCAGCUGUUCCGUCCAGACAACUUUGUCUUCGGCCAAACUGGAGCAGGAAACAACUGGGCUAAAGGUCACUACACUGAGGGAGCUGAGUUGAUCGACUCCGUGCUUGAUGUCGUUCGCAAGGAGGCCGAAGGUUGUGAUUGCCUUCAGGGAUUUCAGCUUUGCCAUUCCCUUGGUGGAGGCACUGGUGCAGGCAUGGGAACACUCUUGAUUUCCAAGGUGCGAGAAGAGUACCCAGACCGUAUCAUGGAAACAUUCUCCGUGAUUCCUUCACCAAAGGUGUCGGACACGGUGGUGGAGCCAUACAACGCGGUCUUGAGCUUUCAUCAGUUGGUGGAGAACUCGGAUGAGUCCUUCCUGCUUGACAACGAAGCAUUGUACGAUAUUUGCUUCCGCACUUUGAAGCUGACCACACCAACAUACGGUGACCUGAACCACUUGGUGUCUGCUGCUAUGAGUGGUGUGACCUGCUGCUUGCGUUUCCCAGGACAGCUGAACUGCGACUUGCGCAAGAUUGCAGUGAACCUUGUGCCAUUCCCACGUUUGCACUUCUUCAUGACUGGCUUUGCACCAUUGACCUCCCGUGGUUCUCAGCAGUAUCGUGCAUUGACCGUGCCCGAGCUGACCCAGCAGAUGUUCGAUGCCAAGAACAUGAUGUGCGCUGCUGAUCCUCGUCAUGGCCGCUACUUGACGGCAGCCGCCCUGUUCCGAGGCCGCAUGUCCACCAAGGAGGUUGACGAGCAAAUGUUGAACGUUCAGAACAAGAACUCUUCCUACUUUGUUGAGUGGAUCCCCAACAACAUCAAGGCAUCCGUGUGCGACAUCCCACCAAAGGGUCUCAAGAUGGCAGUGGCGUUUGCGGGUAACUCCACUGCGAUUCAGGAGAUGUUCAAGAGGGUGGCAGAGUACUUCACUGCCAUGUUCCGCCGAAAGGCUUUCUUGCACUGGUACACCGGUGAGGGUAUGGACGAGAUGGAGUUCACUGAGGCCGAGUCCAACAUGAACGAUUUGGGAGGGCAGUGCGGCAACCAGAUCGGUGCAAAGUUCUGGGAGGUCAUUGCAGAUGAACACGGCAUUGACCCAACCGGAACAUACCAUGGUGACUCCGACUUGCAGCUUGAACGCAUCAAUGUAUAUUUCAACGAAGCAACUGGUGGGCGCUAUGUGCCUCGUGCCGUCUUGAUGGAUCUUGAGCCAGGAACUAUGGACAGUGUUCGCGCCGGACCUUUCGGCCAGCUGUUCCGUCCAGACAACUUUGUCUUCGGCCAAACUGGAGCAGGAAACAACUGGGCUAAAGGUCACUACACUGAGGGAGCUGAGUUGAUCGACUCCGUGCUUGAUGUCGUUCGCAAGGAGGCCGAAGGUUGUGAUUGCCUUCAGGGAUUUCAGCUUUGCCAUUCCCUUGGUGGAGGCACUGGUGCAGGCAUGGGAACACUCUUGAUUUCCAAGGUGCGAGAAGAGUACCCAGACCGUAUCAUGGAAACAUUCUCCGUGAUUCCUUCACCAAAGGUGUCGGACACGGUGGUGGAGCCAUACAACGCGGUCUUGAGCUUUCAUCAGUUGGUGGAGAACUCGGAUGAGUCCUUCCUGCUUGACAACGAAGCAUUGUACGAUAUUUGCUUCCGCACUUUGAAGCUGACCACACCAACAUACGGUGACCUGAACCACUUGGUGUCUGCUGCUAUGAGUGGUGUGACCUGCUGCUUGCGUUUCCCAGGACAGCUGAACUGCGACUUGCGCAAGAUUGCAGUGAACCUUGUGCCAUUCCCACGUUUGCACUUCUUCAUGACUGGCUUUGCACCAUUGACCUCCCGUGGUUCUCAGCAGUAUCGUGCAUUGACCGUGCCCGAGCUGACCCAGCAGAUGUUCGAUGCCAAGAACAUGAUGUGCGCUGCUGAUCCUCGUCAUGGCCGCUACUUGACGGCAGCCGCCCUGUUCCGAGGCCGCAUGUCCACCAAGGAGGUUGACGAGCAAAUGUUGAACGUUCAGAACAAGAACUCUUCCUACUUUGUUGAGUGGAUCCCCAACAACAUCAAGGCAUCCGUGUGCGACAUCCCACCAAAGGGUCUCAAGAUGGCAGUGGCGUUUGCGGGUAACUCCACUGCGAUUCAGGAGAUGUUCAAGAGGGUGGCAGAGUACUUCACUGCCAUGUUCCGCCGAAAGGCUUUCUUGCACUGGUACACCGGUGAGGGUAUGGACGAGAUGGAGUUCACUGAGGCGGAGUCCAACAUGAACGAUUUGGUCUCUGAGUACCAGCAGUACCAGGAUGCCACUGCUGAAGAAGAGGGUGAGUUCGAUGAGGAAGAGGGUGAAUAUGAUGGAUGA